AUGAACAACCUCGCGCUCGUCCUUGAUAGCCAGGGGAAGCACGCAGAGGCCGAGCAGAUUCACUGGCAGACACUAAAGCUGAAAACGAAGGUGCUGGGCCGAGAGCAUCCCGACACACUGACCAGCAUGGACAACCUCGCAGAAGGCCUUCGACACCAGGGGAAGCAUGACGAGGCCGAGCAGAUGCACCGGCAGACACUGGAGCUGAGGGACAAGGUGCUGGGCCGAGAGCAUCCUGACACACUUGCUAGCAUGAACAACCUCGCAGAAGGCCUUCGACACCAGGGGAAGCAUGACGAGGCCGAGCAGAUGCACUGGCAGACACUAGAGCUGAAGGGGAAGGUGCUGGGCCGAGAGCUUCCCGGCACAGUUUCCAGCAUGAACAACUUAGAGGAAGAGACGAACGAUGCAUCCGACAAUAUUGCAUUGCACUCGCAGCUUCUAGAUCAACAACAAGAAUCGAUAAGAGGACUCAGAAGUGCUGGGACCCUCUCCGAAAAAACGUUCCACGAUUCCGCCAUUGGGACGUCCAUAGCCCGAGAUGGCUCGAAUCGGUUGAUAGGUUCCUUGAGCGAGGCUUUCCAGCAGUAUGGGCCUACGACGGAGGGAACGGACGACUUAUCUGAACGUGGUACAGUCUACACGCAGAAUUCAAACGACUCCAUCGGGCAGAGGAUACAUAACUGUGAAGAGUAUCUGGCUGAUAGAUUAUAUCACGACCUGUCGCUCGGGGCUACCGACGAGGAAGAUGUUGCGAGGGUUUCAGACUCCCUACCACGCAUGCUCCGGAUCUUUGCAUUCAAAAUUGCCAAAGAGGGAGAGGGUAAGAACUAUCGAGACACAAUGCGAUUCAUACUUAAGCAUCGAAAGCCGGUUGCCAAUCAUUUCAUAACGAAAGCUCUUGGAUCGUCGAAAGAUUCGAAGUCGGCGAAGGCAUUGUCGCCGCCUGCAAUGCCAUAUGACGACAAGGUAAAUGGCUGGCUUCCCAAUUUGCUAGACGACAUACAUGACCCAAAUAUUGCACUCGAAUCCGAAACCCGAGAGGCCAAGCCAGACACAGAUUUGGAGGACGAGGCAUGGCACCCAGAGCAGGACGACUUUUCAAGGUUGGUGACUGAAUCGCGUGCUUAUGAAUGGCUACUAUCGGAGUUGCGGAGUGAAUUGGAGCAUGUGGUUCCCAACAAAUCAGCAAUGCAGGGACUGUCGGAAGCGAUGUUUAGAGAACUCAACGAGAAGCAGCAAUUCAGCCGGAAGUCAACGCCACGAUGUAUUGACGCCGUCUUUGAUGCAGAGUGGUCUCCGCAUUCCUUCUUUGAAGAGCAGGAAUACGGUGUUCCACCAGAAGAAGCUGUUGUGGAGGCGCUGGUCUUGGUAGGAACCACUACACAAGCAGAAGGUUUGGCUUGUGGCGAAUACCUCAUGAGACAGUGGUCAGAGUCGGCACAUGCUUUCAUACAGCAAGUGCAAUCUGUUGUUAGAUCUGCAGAAGGCACCCCGCAUGAUGGAAAGUUGAGCGACGAUACCACGCUUCGAGCCUGGGCCAAGGAUGGUCACUUCACGCUGGAAGCUUGCGGGCACCCCGACUCGGUUGUCGAGAUUGGCGAACAACUCAUGUGGAUCAGCUGCGCUCUUCGAUCUUCAGACUUUACGGAAGUGGGCACUUGCGAGCCUUCAUUGGGAGAGAUACGAACAACCAAUCGUUCUCCCUCAAAAGUGUCAAUGCAUAUUGAAUUGGCAGCCUCACCUAAGCUCGAUGAGAAUCUACAAAGACCAGAGAUUGGCGCUUGUUGGCAAGGACUAUUUCGAAACCCGUUGGUGGUAAGGGGUUAUCCCAUUUCGCUCCGGUGUCCUGACUCCGCACUCGGAUUACAACUGUCGCUAAGCACUCUGAUGGCCCUGGUACCGAACUCCAGGAUUGUUCCCUACAUGGGGAAACUGUUUAUCAAGAGGUUUUCAACACUUCUAGUUGCUGUAAAGCGAGUAGACAACGUCAUUCUGUGGCAUGCUAUUCCCAACGUGGAUGGCAGCUACAUCUACUAUCAUGACAAGCGGGUCAGCGUGCACGACAUCAAGGUGGACUCUUCAAUAUUACAGGAGCUGGCCGAGCUGAAACACGUGGUUGGUUGGACGUCGAGAGCAGACAAUUUAGCAGGUACACCAGAUUGCAAUUGCCGAAUCAAAGGUUCUGGGCUAUCACAAACCCCUUCCCUGGAAGUUGGCCUUGACAAAAUCACGAUUGGCAUCUCGAAAGUUGCCACGGCAAAUGCAGGGGUGGUUCUGGGGUGGAGAGAUAAAUGCAUCAACACACCUCCGGGAGAAGACUUCCAAGCCAACGUCAAAUUCAUCUCGGGAAAGUUUGUGGUCCUUUACGAUGUCGAGGACCACAGGGGGUUCCUUCUAGAUGGUGGUACAGCCCUCCUUUACUUGGUGCGAAUGUCGCUUAUUAAAGAUGAAAAGGAAGGCCUUUUUGGUGACCGAAGGAUAAAUGACAGCAUACAGCUCAUCCGUGGCGAUUCGGCCCCAAGGGUUCGGGCCAUGAACACGCUUUGGCAGAACGCUCUCCUGAAAUUAUACUUCCAACACGAGGAAGAAGGCCGCAGUACGGAUGUUAAGAAGCAGAAGUUUCCACUUCCAUCGAACACUAUUGAGGAAGAGAUCGAAAGCGUCAAGGGGAGCUGGGUACUACUCAGACAUAGAGUUUCUUCUAUCUUGGCAAUGCUUGACCAAGCCAUCAACAAGCAAGGAGACAUGGACUUCAAGUUACAGCUGAACAGCUCCUGGUUUCAGAAUCAGCUACGUCUCGAGGGGUACGACUUCCAGAAGCUGGCUUAUCAUGACAGGGCAAAUGUACAAUUUGCCAUGCUCGGGCCCAACAGCAAAGCGUGGCUCGACUUGGUACGCAAGAUACAAGCCGUCACACUAUUCGGUCGCGGCUUCGGCGAUAUCAUUCGACAUAGCGACUGUCCUGAUGACACUCCAUACAUGUGCCCUGAUUGGAGGUUCGUGCCAAAAGGAGCAGAAUACUUGGCCAUGAGUAAUUCGACCCUGGAGGACAUAUUUGAAAACGGCGACGCGAGCGCAUGGAGGUUGAUUGACCAAGUCUACAUGAGUUGCCCACAAGAUCCGUUCGGACCAUGCGACCGCAAGGGUCAAAGGUGUCGGCGGGAGCACUUCUUGAUCAAUGGCCAGAACAAGAAGGGACCAAAACGUGAGCUGGUGCUGCCAGAACAUGGCGCCGUCAUCAUUGGCCAUAAAGACGGUAUUUCGAGGGGGUUAGGAAACAUGUUCCGAGGUCGACGGGCAGAACUGCCGCCUUUAGAAACUACGGACGGCGGUGAUGAGGAACCUUGUGUGCCUGAGAUCGGUGAAUCGCUACCGCCGUCGGAAAGUUCUCGAUCCGGGGGUACGUCCGGAGCAACUACAUCAUUGGCAACAGCCGGGAGCACCGGUAUUGAAGCGACGUCUACGAUCGGUACAACUAUCGAGCCAGCCCAGCACGCCUUGGAGAGCCCUAGGUCCAUGCGAUCUGAGCGUUCACGAUCUUUGGUGAUACCCGAAGGCACUGGUGUCGAAACCAUCGCUUUGACUGGGGCAAAUUCGUCUGGGGUCUCUGUAGCAGCAGAGCCGUCGGAAAGGUCUCAGCCAAUGGACUCGUCGCAUCUGCAAGCGACAGUGGUCCAUGCCGACAACGUCCAAGAAGCCUCUCAGGUUCAGGACCCGCCCUCCCAUGAGCAUACUACUGUGGCGGCAGCCCCCCCGCCAGGUCCUGGCCAACAACUAUCACACACCGACAACAGCCAGAAUCCGUUGCAUGGCCAAAAAAAGUCCUUUCGAGAAGGGAUGAAAGCGUUUUUCAAAAUGCUCAUCCUGCGACACCUGGAGCGCAGAAAUAUAUAA